UCUGCGCAAACACCUUGCACUGUUCUUUGUACACUGCUGCAAUAAGAAACCAGAAAAAAAAACCUGUAUCAGGGACUCCGCAGACUCAAACCCGUCAGCUGGAACGAGAGGCCAACCCAUGGACAUCAGGCCAAUUUUUGUAAUACUGUCUGUGUGUGGGCAAAUGCAGGCCAUGACUGUAGACACGGAUUAUGGUGGUUUCCCUCUGCAGAUUGAUCGUUUUCUAGGGGAGCCUACAGUUUUCACCCUCAGGAAUCGAGUCGAUUCCAGCUGGUCACGGAUGGUGAGCAAUCAAAACUGUUCAGUGAAAUGUGACUGUGCAAUUCAGUGGCCCACGGCUUUGUACUGUGACCACAAAGAGUUGGAGCGGUUUCCUGAAAGUCUUCCCUCCAGAACACAAUACCUUUUCCUUCAGGGUAACAUGGUCACCGGCCUUAGCUCUAAAGCCUUUGCCAAUACCACUAAAUUACGCUGGCUCAUUUUGGACCAAAACCAGCUUCUCAGUGAAAGACUUUAUGGUAGGCCUCUGUUCAAUCUGACCCAAUUAGUGAACCUCUUCAUGAACCAUAACAAUUUGACCGAGGUGCCAGCAGGGCUGCCUGGUGGACUCAAACAACUAAGACUGGCUUACAAUCAAAUUGAAAAAAUUGGCCCUGGAGCAUUUGAAGGCUUACAGAAUCUAACAGUGCUCCUGCUUCAAGGCAAUCAUCUGAAAACAAUCGGAGAAACAGACUUCAAAGGUAUGGCCUUAAAUUGUGAAAGGGAUUUCAUCGCACUGAUUUAUAACUGCACUUUUAGCAAGCUUAAUGGAAAACUCUAA